CGACUCAUUCUGGAUAGACUCUAAAUGAGACCCUGUUCUGCUGGAAAACUGAGCCCGGCUACCGUCCCAGAAAGAAGACAGAUCUCUGAGAAACAUGACACUGAUCUGGCCCUUGAGCUGGCUGAUGCCAUUGCUACACUUCAGUUAUGGAGGGAAUGGAGAGUUUGUCCAAACUUUAGUCGGGGAGAGACUCACCCUGAUUACACCAAAAAGAUUCCAGAGUGCAAACUCAUGCCUGCUCGUUAAAGUGUAUCCACGUGAAAGUCCUCAAAGUGGCCGAGUUCCUGUGGCCGAGUUAACAAAGAGUCAGUGGAAUCCAGUGCCGGAUUAUAAAGAUCGACUGACUCCAGGAGACGGUGUGGAGUUUAAAGAGGCCACGUACAAUGACAACGGAAAUUAUGAAAUUACCUGCAACAACAUCCGGAAGAUUAUUAUUCAGGUUGAGGUUCUAGUCCCGCAUGAGCUCCGUGUGUCAGCGGGAGAUUCUGUGAAGUUACCUUGUUACUUCAACACCAAAGCUCGAUCUGUAGAAGGUGUGCGGUGGGAACAAGGACAAGAACUGGUGAUGGAAAACUACUUUACGUCCAAUGAGCUGAAUUCUGGAGAAAAUUCAAAAGAAAGGUGAACAUGUCCCAGGAUGCCCGCCACAGAGGAGACCUGUCCCUCAGUAUUCACUCUGUGCAAAGUCUCGACCAGGGCCCGUUCUUUUGUAAAGUUAAAGUCCUGGGACGGGAGUGGUUCAGCGGGAAACCGGCUGUGGUCAAACUCUGGAUCUGGGAAACAACAAAUAAUGCCACCUAUGUUUCCACCUGCUUCUCAGGCAGCAACACUGUGAGUAGUAUCUCAUCCUCUCUCCUGUGGUGGACUCUGGCCAUUGCACUUUUUUUUGUAAUUGUGAUAAGCUAAUACUUGAGCACUUUCACUGACUCUCAGGUGUCUGCACUGGGGACACUUCCUUGGCUGGGUAGCCGUAAUUUUUGUUGACCGCAAGCUUUGUUUCCAUUUACUUAUUCUGCCAUAACCUGUUACGUCCAUCUAUGUCAAUCCAUGUUCGAUUCUCUCUGCUGCGCUGCUGAAUGCUCUGUGUAUCUGCAUGUUACACCCACAAAUGCAUAUCAGAUCUCAGCGUAUUUGUCCUCAAUAAACUCCCAGCGCGUCACAAAGCUACAGCCCAGGACCCACUCUGGCUCUCACCGCAGCCUCAAGGUUUGCUGAGGGAAGCCACUACAGCAGGGGUCCCCAACCUCUUUUGCACCACGGACCGGAAUAAUGUAGGUUUCAUUUUCACGGACCGGCCUUCUACAUGUGGCAGAUAAAUAUGGCAAAAAUAAGUCAAGUGCAUAAAAAAUACAACUCACCAAACCGCCGCAUCAGUGGGAGCCCUGCGCUUGUUUCUUCUGUCCUUCUUGCUCACGUUUGUUUCUCUUUAGUCUCCAUGUGCCAAAGCAGUUUUGAAGGUUUCAUUGCCUCAUUUGCUUUCCCUGCAUAUUACACAGAGCGGACUCUGCACGUGAUGGUGCUUUCUUUUGAC